AUGGCGGUCCAGUUCGUGAACGUCAAGCUCUUGGCCUCUGCAGCUUCUCUGAAUGACCAUGAGCUCCUCCAGUAUACUCAGAAUAUCAUGUAUCUUCGCGGGACCAUUACCCUCAAAGCAGAACAGCGACUCGGUAAUAACGUUGUUUCAAUUGAGGUCGAAGGUGGCUAUUCUGGAAAGGAAGAAAUUUAUGAAGCUGCAGAUUCUUUGAUCCAGCGGUGGCUAAUUCAGUUGCCUCGCUCCGGAUUCCCUUUUGAUCGCAAUCUAAUAUUGUAG